AUGAACUUCACUGAACUGCAUGGUCCAUGGUGUCUUUUCAGGGAGCAGUAUCCAUGGCGACAGUUGCUAGGGGCAACCACUACUCAUGCUCUUGCUCUGCAGACGCUUGUCAUCAACGCAGCGACUGCGCCGUUUACAUUUGCUCUAAAUAUCUUGGUUAUUGUAUCGCUAGUCAAGUUCAGGUCGCUUCGUGGCACGUCCAACUUGAUUCUCGGCGCCAUGGCAAUCAGUGAUGCAGUUAGUGGGCUCAUAACACAACCGCUGUAUGUGGCCCAGGAGUCACUUUUCCUGCAAGGGAAAGAACCACCCUGUGAGCUGGAGGACGCAAGCAUGCUUAUCGGAAGAACUAAUUCCAUGGUUUCUAUCAUGAUCCUGGCGAUUCUUAACGUUGAGAGAUACAUCUCGUUAAAGUACACGUUACGUCAUUUGGUGAUCGUAACGUCACGUCGCCUGACAGUCGUCAUUGCCGCAGCCUGUUUGUUACCAAUACUUCUUAACAUAGCAGGCUCCAUCGAUACUCUCUCCCCGUAUAACUUGUAUCUUGUCAUGAUUGUUGUGGCCUUAAGUGUCUUGACAUCUGUUUACUGCUCCUUUAAGAUUAUGCAAAUCAGUAGGCGUCAUCAAAGACAGAUUGCCGCUGACCACAUCACCACAGGGCUACCGCGAAAUCGCCUCAAGUUUAGUUCGGUCCGCGCGCUGUUUAUUAUCGUAACUACCCUAAGGCUGUUUACUUACGGCUUAAUAUUUGUAUCAAAUAUCUUUAAAGAAAAGCUGAUGGUGUUUGGCCCAAUAGCACUGAACAUUGCGUUACUGGUUUCGGUAGUAAAUCCCAUUGUCUAUUGCGCAAGAAUCAAGAGUUUCAAGAAAGCAUUCAAGAAAAUUUUGGGCUUUAGCAAAGUUAAGAUAAGUGGUACUCUUACUCAAUGUCAAACUCGUUCUUCAAGAGAUUGCGUCAAAAACUGUGUACGACGCAAUCAAGUCCCUGGCGUUGUCCGGGAUUUCUGUGGUUGA